CAAACGCUAGCAGGCUCGCUCUCGCCUCGACGCGAUGCCGCCUCCGCCCUCUCUCCAACCCUAGCAUCCGCCUCCCCCUCCCACUCCCCGUCGCGAGCGCCUCCGCCGCCGCGUCUCCCGUCUCCAUCCCCAUCCUCCGUCGCUGUCCCCGUACCCGUCCGCGAGCGCCGCCGCUCCAUCCUUCCCAUCCGGGUCGCGCCACCACCUCCGCCGGCGCGUCGUACGCCUCCCAUAGCUGCCGGACCUCCGCCUCCCGGUCAAGAUCCGCACCGCGCCGCCAUUCUCUGUCGCCUCCGCCACCCGUCCCACGUCGGUUUCUGCGCUGCCGCCAAGAAGACAGUUGGCAAGUGAGCGAGGGUGGAAACUAUAAUUGUAUCCACACAUUGAAAGAUCAUACUGCUGAGGAUAUCCCGCCGUCCGCUAUGGCUAACAUCAGAACAGUCUCCAGCCUCGCUGAGGUCAAUGGUGUCCUGGAAGAGAUGGGCAUCGAUACGAUUGGUGGAGCUAAUCAAGUUCAAUUUCGUUUGCACGAGCAGGCAUCCCUAAAAGAUGCAACUAAAAUGAAGACGAGGAUCCGACCUGGAAGGCAUGGAUUUAAAUUAGUUAACUCCGAGCUUUUCGAUUGUAAGUUUAAAGCCAUGGUUGAGCUACAGGAGGGUUACAACACCAUGGUCGAGACAUGCAUGGUGGAUUGUGAUCAUCAGUUGCUCCCACUUGAAGCCCGCAUCGCAGAGCUGAAGUAUCUCUUACUCUCCACCGAUGAGGAGAUCCCAAAGAUUGGAUUUGGAGCUGCAGAGAGGAAUCGGGGAGUGCAACAGAUGCGCUAUCCAAACCGGCCGUUCACGGAUGCGCAACGAGUUCCAUAUCAAGCAGCAUGCCCUACAAAUGCAGAGAGAGAUACUGCAGUUUCUCUAGACAAACGUGCUCAGAUGGCAUUUUGGAAGUUUAAUCUCCGUCUUCUGGAGGUGAAAGAAUCCAUCUUGGAGAAGACAAAGACUGAGCUGGAGAGAAGUCUGAGGGUAGAGUUCAACAAAGCGAUUGAGGAGCAAUCUGACCUUGGGGUUGGCUACGCGACCUACGAGUUUCACAAUGCAUAGAUGCCUGACCAACCCAUCCUUAGGUUGGACAUGCUUCGGUGAAUGGCAGCCAUGAUAAAGGCUUUGGUAAACAGAGCAACAGUGAUGAAGUGGAGCCAUGAUGUGUCAAUGCAGUAGUCUAUUUCUGAUCGGAAUGUGAAUGAGCCGUUUGUAAGAUUAAGUGGUAUAUGGAGCUGAGAUCUCAUGAAUAUCUAUGCAUUUUAUAGAAUGCUCAGUUUGCAACUACAACAUCCAUAUGAUGGUUGCACCUAAUGUAAAAAAUAGCGGGCUAAGAUAUUUA